UUGCGAUGAGUGAAUCCAUGUCUAUGGCUGCUGCGUUAAACCCUCCCAAAACCCCCUUCAAAAUCAACCUCACACCCGCUCUUCUGCCUCCCCCAACCUCCUCCGCACUCACUUUCAAACCAAACAACAACUUCCCCACACUCUCCGCCGCCGCACAACCACAACAACAAGAACACGCCGCUCUGCUUGACACUCUACUCAACAGCACCCGCAAGAACCAAGUGCUCCACUCCAUCAGAACCACAUCCCCCUUCAACUGCCUCUCCGAAACAAAUCUUCACCAUACAGUUCCCGCCCUCACCUCCAAAACCAGGGGAAAGGUUAGAGACAUAUAUGAUAGUGGAGAGUACCUUGUUCUGGUUACUACUGAUCGCCAGAGUGCAUUUGAUAGAGUCCUUGCUUCAAUUCCCUUCAAGGGACAGGUGCUUAACCAGACAAGCUUGUGGUGGUUUGAGAGAACCCAACAUAUAACUGCUAAUGCCGUUGUGUCCACUCCUGAUCCUAAUGUUACCAUAGCAAAGAAAUGUUCUGUUUUCCCUGUUGAGUUUGUUGCUAGAGGGUUUGUGACAGGAAGUACUGAUACUUCAUUAUGGACAGUCUACAAUAAAGGCAUCCGGAACUAUUGUGGCAAUGCCCUCCCGGAUGGUUUGGUAAAAAACCAAAAGCUGGCUGAAAAUAUACUCACACCUACAACCAAAGCUGCAGAUCAUGAUGUUCCUGUAACUCCAGAUGAGAUUAUAGAAAGGGGAUUAAUGACAAGAGCUGAUUAUGAGGAAGUCAGCAGAAAAGCUUUAAGUCUGUUUGAAUACGGUCAGCGUGUGGCUUCAGAACAUGGCCUUAUAUUGGUUGAUACAAAGUAUGAAUUUGGGAAGGCAGAGGACGGUUCAAUUAUGUUGAUUGAUGAGGUGCACACUCCUGAUUCAAGUAGAUAUUGGAUUGCCAGUUCUUAUCUUGAGCGCUUUCAAAAUGGUUUGGAGCCUGAAAAUGUUGAUAAGGAGUUCUUGAGGCUGUGGUUCAAAAAUCACUGCAACCCUUAUGAAGAUGAGGUUCUUCCUGAAGCUCCUGAAGAUCUUGUUUGCGAAUUGUCUUGGCGAUACAUUUUCUUGUAUGAGACUAUAACAAAAUCAAAGUUUGAGGUGCUGUUGUCUGAGGAGCCAAUACAUGAGCGAAUAUCACGAAAUGUUGCAUCUGCACUGGCAUCUUUGAAGUAACCUGGGAAUCUCGGGACUUUUCAGUUCUGUAUUCUAUAGACCCCUUUCUGAGAAUAUAUUUUAAAACUUACAAGUAGCAGAAAUUCUACCAACAAGUGUUUUUUUAAAUAAAAGAAAUUAUAUAAGUAAAGCUUAAAACCAAAAGACAGAUGAACAUUUAACUCAUAGAAAUCAUGCUUGGUCCUUGCCAAUUGCGCCAUGUAUUUAACUUGUAUACUUGUCAACCAAACCAAUGUCUUUGGCACACACAUUGUUACUGAAUAAUGAAUGAUGAAUAUUUCAUUAA